ACGAUAGUACAUCGCCCAGCAGAUUCAAACAGCAGGAAGAUAACUUUGCCAAAAAAUAAAUGUUGCCCAAACAUACGUGCAGCAAUGAAUCUGGAUGUACAUCCAAAAGAAAACAGAAGAACUAUUCCUGCUAAUACCUAUCAUUUUAACAAAGAUUUGACAAUGAAGGACAAGAGUGACUUACAAUCUUCCUCCAAGGUAUCCGAGGAGGAAGAAGGUGAUUAUGAGACUGUAAGUUCUUCCACUCUGGAGGCCAUCCAUGCUUUGAGAAUCCUUCCUGCCAAACCUCUGCAAGAACCCGAAUAUGCAGAUAAACGUUGUUUAAGGCCUUCAGGUACCACUUCCCCAAUGAACAGCCAGCACACAUCUCAGCCUCCUCAAUACUGGGCUAAACACACAUCUGUUCUGGAGGGGAGGAGCGUGCCAACUGUUAGAGGAGAAAGACUGAAAACAGAUGGACCCAAGGACCCUGUGCCUCCCCCACGGCCUCUGAAGACACUGCCAAAGCAGUAUCAGCCACUUCCUCCAGAGCCGCAGAUAAGCAGCCAGUUCUUUCACACGAGGAAAACGCUCAGCCAAGCUCACACCUUUCCAAUAUCAGCAAAAGUCAUAAGACAUCUAUCUGUUAAGGAACUAAACAAAGCACCUGGAAGAGAACAAGUUACAGAUUUGAGGAAGAAAUCUGAAAUAUCUUUUCAAGCACAACAGUAUAAACCAAAGUAUCAUUCUGAAGCCAGCCUUCAAUGUACGCAGAGCUCUAAAAACUUUUGCAGCUCAGGGUCCACGUUAAAUGUAGAGAAUUUGUCAGUGAAGAGGUCACCAUCUCCUACACCAUGCACAGCAUGCAAAAAUAAAUCAAAACAUUCACUUGUAAAACAGGAGAUGAAAUCUCAUACUCAACCCACUGAAAAGGAUUUAAACAAAUAUGAAUGGUACAUUGGAGAAUAUGAUCGCCAUGAAGCAGAGAAGGCAUUGUUACAGGAAAACACUGAUGAGACAUUCUUGGUUCGAGAUUGUUCAAAGAAAUCAAAUGCUGAACCAUAUGUUUUGGUUGUCUAUUACGGAAGAAGAGUAUACAACAUUAAAGUACGUUUUCUGGAAGAGAGCCAACAAUACGCGCUGGGAACAGGGCUCAGAGGAGAUGAUAAAUUUAAUUCUGUGAAAGAGAUCAUUGACUUCUACAAGUAUGUUCCUAUCACACUCAUUGACGGAAAGGAUAAGUCAGGAAUCCAGAGAGAACAAUGCUAUCUUACAUAUCCAUUCAAGUCGCACACAAGAUGUUUUCUGCCUUAAUGUCACCGAUUUGU